AGUAAGAUUUGUAACAUUACUGCCUCAAUCUAUUUCCAGGUGUUUAGGCAUGGAGACCGAAGUCCCAUCGAGACCUUUCCUAAUGACCCCAUUAAGGAGUCCUCGUGGCCCCAAGGAUUUGGCCAGCUCACACAGCUGGGCAUGGAGCAGCAUUAUGAACUUGGACAGUAUCUAAGGAGAAGAUAUGGGAAGUUCUUGAAUGAGUCGUACAAACAUGAACAGGUUUAUAUCCGGAGCACAGAUGUUGACCGCACUUUGAUGAGUGCUCUGGCAAACCUUGCAGCCCUAUUUCCCCCUGAGGGUAUCAGUGUUUGGAAUCCCAAUCUGCCCUGGCAGCCCAUCCCUGUGCACACAGUCCCUGUUUCUGAAGAUCAGUUGCUAUACCUGCCUUUCAGGAACUGCCCUCGUUUUCAAGAACUUGAGAAAGAGACUUUGAAAUCAAAGGAAUUCCAGAAGAGGCUGCAUCCUUAUAAGGAUUUUAUAGAAACCUUGCCAAAACUUUCCGGAUACCAUAGCCAGGACCUUUUUGGAAUUUGGAGUAGAGUCUACGACCCUUUAUUUUGUGAGGGUGUUCACAAUUUCACUUUACCCUCCUGGGUCACAGGGGACACCAUGGCUAAGUUGAGAGAAUUAUCAGAACUGUCCCUCCUGUCCCUGUAUGGGAUUCACAAGCAGAAAGAGAAAUCUAGACUGCAAGGGGGUGUCCUGGUCGGUGAGGUCCUGAAUCACAUGAGGAGCGCAGCACAGCCCGCGAGCCGCCGCAGACUGAUCAUGUAUUCUGCACACGACACUACUGUGAGUGGCCUACAGAUGGCGCUGGAUGUUUACAACGGAAUCCUUCCUCCCUAUGCUUCCUGCCACUUAAUGGAAUUGUAUCUUGAGAAGGGGGAGUACUUCAUAGAGAUGUACUAUCGGAAUGAGACUCAGCAUGAGCCGCACACCCUCACUCUUCCUGGCUGCACCCCCAGCUGCCCUCUGAUGAGAUUUGCCAAGCUGGUCGCCCCUGUGAUCCCCAAAGACUGGCCCACAGAGUGUAUGAUCACGACCAAUCACCAAGCUACUAACGGCAUUGUCUGUUAGUGCUCAGGAAGAGCUGUACACAAAGGAUGGAACCUUCUUCUUGGGGUGGACAGUGCUUUGCUUUGAGAAUAUAACUUGGCCAUUAACCCCAGCUUUGAGGGAAAUGGGUUUGGGGUGAUAACUGUAUGUUUCAGGGAUUCCCACAACUUCAGACAACUCCUGCCUCUCCACGUGACCCUGCUCCCACUUGCCUAAACCUUGACUUGUGUUUUUGCAGUGCUAAUAUAAAAGGAUACCAAUGCCAGAAUGCAAUCAGAGGUAAAGCAGGUCAGCGUUCCUGGGGCUGCCAUGACUAUAUGAUUUGCCAUACAGGAAAUUUUAUUAUUUAAGGGCCCCUAGAUUUCAUUUGAACAGGAUUAAAUGAGGCCAUUCUGUAAGUCUCUGAAGUAGAACAGAUUUGAAACAAAAUCCACAUACAGGAUGAAGGCAAGGAAAGGAAGACUUUAAUCCUUGGCUAAUGGGCAAAGGACCAACUUACCUAUUAGUCCCAGCCUUCUCACCAGGGGAGACAGAGAAAUGAGAUAAAGUGGAGAGAUCUAGAGAUAUCAUCUACCUUGGGAAAUUGGUACCAUCUUUUUAUAUUUAUGUUAAAACAUAUUGGGUGGCAGAGCUGAAAAAUAAAUAUUUCUUUGUACCCUUUGGCCCUGGAAAAUUCACGUUACUUUGAAGAAAUCAAAAGCUAACUUGCCAGAAAACUUUGUUGUAUAUAAUACACAGGGCAGCUCUUGAAGAGAGCAAGAUAUUCUAGGCACAGCACGUCAGAGAUGAGACCCCAGCAUGAGGAGAGUUUCUCUUGAAGAUGAUGGUAAGAGAUGUUGAAUCUGAAGUUGAUUUAAAAGGACAUAUGAUGACACACAUCAAACUGGAACAAAGUUUAGGAAUAUAAAAAUGUUCUGAAUACCUCCAAGAUCAAAACUUCCUGGAAUGUUGAAAGUGUGGCUGUGAAAUCUGCUCUGAGGACAAAAGGAAUGUAUAACGCUUUCAUUCUGUGACUUCAGAAAACCUAAGCAUACUCACAGGUCUGGCUAAAACUACUCACUGUACAAGAAAAUAUCAUGUUCCAGGGACACUCCUCAGAGUCCUGUAGAUCUGCCAAGUGGCAGAUGGAACACGUCUGGAGAACACCGUGCUAUGUCACUAUUAAGGAUAAGGAUGAAAUGGUGUCUACAGAUGUUUUCUACUGGAUGCCAGAAUCUAUAGAGCAAAGCCAUCCCCUCUCCUAGUUGAUCAUGGAAUGACUGACACAAGACAUUAAUUGAUAAGUUUAUUUUUAUUAUUUCCCAAGUAGAUGUGUAGUCUUGGGGCCAUUAUCUCAUUAUUCUUUCUCCUCCAUGUGUGCAACUUUCCUCCAGUGGUGAGCCAAGUGUGAGUAGUAAAUAAAGUCAUUAUUAAGAAUUUCAAAA